AUGGUCCGCAAGCCCGACCCUCCCAUCUCGAUAGUCUGUGUGCACGCCGAGGGCGAAAUCGGCGAUGUCAUUGUAGACGGCAUACCGGAUCCGGUGCACUGCCGCACCAUGUACGAGAAGCUCGUGCACUUCCAAACACACGCCGAUUCCUACCGGCAGUUGCUCAUGCAAGAGCCGCGAGGCCGCGUCUCGCAGUGUAUGAAUGUUCUGCUUGCGCCGUGCGAUCCCGCUGCUGACGCGGGGUUCCUGACGCUCGAGAGCGACGAGUACGCUACCAUGAGCGGCAGCAAUACGAUUUGCGUGACGACGGUGCUGCUGGAGACAGGGCGAGUGCCCAUGAAGGAGCCCGAGACAUAUGUGGUCUUGGAUACGGCCGCGGGUGUCAUCCGCGUGCGAGCCAGGUGCGCCGGAGGCAAAUGUGUGAGCGUCGAGCUCGACAACGUGCCUUCAUUUGUAUACGAACUCGAUCUCCCCGUCUACGUGCCGGGCUUGGGCGACAUUCACGUCGAUAUUGCUUGGGGCGGCAUGCACUAUGCCAUUGUAUCCGCAGAUUCCGUCGGGCUCCGUGUUUCGCAUGAGCACGGCGCCGACCUGAUUCGCGUGGGAGAUGCCAUUCUCAAGGCCGUCCAGAGAUCGUACGAGCCUGUGCAUCCAGAGAACGAAGGCAUCCGCGGCGUUUCCAGUCUUCAAUUCACCGAACCGCUCGUCGAAAUGGCGGUGGACAAGGAGGCGGGGCUGUCAGCCAAGGCGGCGAAGAAUACCGUCGUGAUUUCUCCUGGUAGACUGGAUCGCAGUCCUUGCGGUACAGGCACAUCGGCGCGUAUGGCAGUACUGCACGGUCGUCGUCAACUUGGCGUUGCAGAGGCUUUCACCCACAAGAGCAUCAUUGGGACACAAUUUCAGUGCGGCAUCGUGGGUACGACAAAGGUGGGCAGAUACGAUGCCAUCUUGCCGCGGGUUCGCGGCCGCGCCUGGAUAACAGGCUACAGACAAGUUAUUGUCGAUCCACAGGACCCUUUUCCGUUGGGCUUCAGGGUUGGUGAUUUCUGGGGGCCCGACUGUGGUGGUCCUGGCGGUAUGGACGAGCUAAAAGCGCCAUGA